AUCAAAAUCCUGAUACUAAAUCUGGCCAUUCAAGCGUAAUUUUGAAACUAAAGCGCAACAAACUUGGAAACUUGUUUGUCACUUUAACUAAGAAUUCCAUACAGUUAUGGGGUUUUAGGCCUACAGCGUUAAUAUCACAAGUAACUAGAACCAUAAAAUCAAUUGAAGAGUAUGGUGAAAAUAUCGACGUUUUUUGGAAGCCUGAUGGAAAUCUUAUAAUCGUUCAAACGAGUCAAAAUUGCUUAUUCACUUAUACAGUUCUCCCUUUCGAUGAUAAAAGUUACAAAUAUCAAUUUGGUCGUGUAUCGCAUCAUUAUGUCUCUGGUGCAGGGGAAGGCAAUGGAAUAAAAACAUUUUUGUUAAAAUUUAGAAUGACUAUUAGGAUCGAUGCUGGAAUGGAGGCGGGGGUUGGAACGGACGAAUACCUGAUUGUCUCAACAAAAACUCCACCCGCAGUUCAGUGCAUACCUUGGCUUGGUGAACCCAGUGGAACAAAAACAAAUAUAUUGUCUCGAUUGGAAUUUCUAAAGUCUAAAGAAGUCACAAUUAAAUUAAUCGUGUUUGAUCGACGAAUCGAUCUUUUUGGAUGGAUAACUUCUGAUGGAAAAGCUUAUGCUGUACAGUUUAAUGAAAAUGAUACAUCUGCAGAAAAAGUUGUCAAGACUCCAACGUUAUAUUGGACUGGAUAUUGUUUCCACGCAAGUGAUGAUCUUGAACCCGUUCCGAAGAAUCGUGCUACUUGUAUAGCUAUUAAUGCGAAAUUCUCCUUAAUUGCUGUUGGAACUGAAGGUGCCAAAAUUUUUCAUAAUGUAUUGUUUUAUUUCCUUAACAACGAUUCACCUAUCUCUGCAGGAUCCGUGACAUCACUUGCUUGGACUUCUGAUGGCUAUGCCAUUGCUGUGGGGUGGCAAAAUGAAGGAAUGGCCGUUUGGAGUGUUUACGGUCGAUUGUUGAUGACAACUGUCAGAGAUGAUUUACCGCAAUCGAUCUCAGCGUGCAAAGAUGCAUUUUUACAUGGUAUUAACGACUUGUUUUGGAGUUCUGGAAAUUGUGAGCUCUUUUUAUUGCAUAAUGCAAAGUCUGAAAAUGACGAUCAAUUAUAUACUCUUCCAUUUGCCAAGUCCGCUGUAACAACGAUCCACAGUCCAGAUAAUACAAAAAGAGGAUUUUUACAAAUGGAUGACCGUUUAUUGCUUUAUCGUGGCGGUGAUCAAGAAGAUCUUAGCGCCAUUAAUCCUGACACUAUAGUUUGGCAGCACAUUCCAGUACCGAUCAUGUAUAUCAGCGAAAAUUGGCCUAUAAAGUAUGCAUCUAUAAGCAGUGAUGGUCGGUACAUUGCAGUUGCUGGUAGACGUGGAUUGGCACAUUAUAAUGUUACUUCUGGUCGUUGGAAACUAUUUGGCAAUCAACAGCAGGAACAAGAAUUUGCGGUUCGUGGUGGAUUGUUAUGGUUCAAACAGUUUUUGGCUGCUGCAUGUGAAAAUGUUCGAACACAUACGUAUGAGAUCAGAAUGUAUUCACGCGAAACAAACUUGGAUAAUAUUCACAUGAUUCAACUUAUCAAAAUACCUAGUAAUAUAUUAUAUCUUAGCAUCGUGGAUAAUGCACUACUUGUUUACUGUGGGGAUAAUAUGAUGUAUCAUUAUCUUAUGACCAUAUUAUCGCCUCACGACAAUGGAGGUAUCAAAUCAAUUUCAGUUGAAUUGUGCCAACAAAUUUCUUUUGUCGGCGUGAUUCAUGCCCCAACAAGAGUUAGUUCUAUCUCAUGGUUUCAACCAAAAUUGCAUAGACCUUUCACCCCGGAUACUAUUCAGACUGCUUCAAUAAUAUUUCUUAUAGAUGGAAAACUAGUCCUGUUGUAUCCUAAAAAGAGUGAUGAAGGUGAGGUACAAUACGACCUACACAUUCUCGCUGAUAAAAUUGAGUUUUAUUGGAUGUCCACACGCGGAAUUGGCAGUUUGAAAAAUUCCUUAUGGGCUUGUGAUAGUCAAGGAGUUAAGAUAUGGAUGAAUAUAUGGUCCAACGAAGAAACUGCGAAAGAUUGGCAAUCAGACGUUUUAUUAUCAGCAACAAAAGAAUCUUUGCGUAUAAAAUUAGAAUUUUAUCCUUUAUCCGUAUUGCUUGAUAAAGGCAUUAUCGUUGGCGUUCAACAACAAACUUCUUUCAGACAAUCUCUCGAUCUCGAAGGAGAGUCAGUCGCUUUUGCAACAAGUUACCAAGGGCUGGUAUAUUUUGGGCAUGCGUUAGAGAUGCUUUUACAUCACGUUUUAGAAGAUGAAGCGGAUCAUGCUGUUCAAACAGAAAAAGUUGGCGUGUUACCACGUGUUGUAAAGUUCAUCAAUCAUUUCCCCCAUGCGCUUGAUGCUAUUGUAGGCUGUGCGCGUAAAACCGAAGUUGCUUUAUGGGAUUAUCUAUUUUCUAUUGUGGGAAGUCCAAAAGAUUUAUUUGAGAAAUGUAUGGAAACCGGAUUACUCAAAACAGCCGCGUCUUAUCUACUUGUUCUUCAUACACUGGAACCCAUUGCUGAUAGUAGCAAAGAUACCAUAAGAUUGUUAUCUAAGGCCAUGGAAGCUGAAGAUUAUGAU